AUGGAUAGAACUUGGAUUGAAAAACCUCGAACAACAAAGGAAUACAUGGAUGGCAUAAUUGGAUUUCUUGAUUUUGCUUUUGCGAGAGCGGCCAUUUCGGAUAGAAUAUGUUGUCCAUGUCCACGAUGUGCAUUUGGAAAAUGGCAUACAAGAGACACAGUUCAGGAUCACCUGCUCUUAAAGCCAUUUCCCAGAAACUAUGUGAUCUGGAAUCGUCAUGGUGAGAUACAACCUGUUGAGCCAAGUAGUGUAGAAGUGCAAGCGCCACCAUCUCAAGAGAAUCCGCUAAAUACAUUACUGCAUGAUGUAUUCGGCCACCAUGGGGAUGAAGGUAUAAUGGGAUUAAAUGAUGCAGUUAUACCCGAUGGAGAUGAAGACAUCGCAGAUGGAAGAUUACAUGAGGGCUCCUUUGAUGAUGGUAGUGAGUUCAAUGAAUUUUUAAAAGACGGAAAUGAAAAGUUGCACGAGGGCAGUAAAUGCACAAAGUUGGAGUUUAUAAUCAAAUUGUAUCACAUAAAGGUCUUGUGUAGAAUAAGUGAUAAGGCCAUGACUAUGAUAUUGACUUUGUUGAGAGAUACUUUCGAUGGAAUACAACUGCCUUCUAGUUUUUAUAAGGCCAAGCAAGUAAUUUGCAAACUCGGCCUAGAAUAUACUAAGAUUGAUGCUUGCCCAAAUGACUGUAUGUUAUAUCUGGAUGACACUCCAGAUAACAUACAAGAUACAUGCAAGUAUUGCGGUAUAUCUAGAUGGAUCCCUAAGAAAAAAAAGAAAAAGCAAGCUGCAAAAGUUUUGCGAUACUUUCCACUGAAGCCAAGGUUGAAAAGGUUAUAUAUGUGUAGCAAGACGGCUGAGCACAUGCAAUGGCAUAAUUCUGCACCUGCAAGAGAUGGAUUACUGAGACAUCCAAGGGACGGUGAAGCAUGGAAGAAUUUUAAUGCGAUGCACACACUAUUUGCCGAAGAGCCACGAAAUGUUCGCCUAGGUCUUGCAAUUGAUGGUUUUAAUCCCUUCGGAGCCUUGAGUUCUACUAAUAGCGUUUGGCCUGUGUUCUUGAUUCCAUAUAAUCUUCCACCUUGGAUGUGUAUGAAUCACACUUCUUUCAUCUUAUCAAUGGUUAUUCCAGGAAAGAAGUCCCCGGGAAAUAAGAUAGAUGUGUACUUGCAGCCCCUUAUAAAUGAAUUGAAAGAUUUAUGGAUUGAUGGUGUGGAGACAUUUGACUCAUCAUCCGGAAACACAUUUAGAAUGCAUGCAGCUCUUAUGUGGACAAUAAGUGAUUUUCCUGGGUUAGGUAUGCUAUCUGGUUGGAACACACACACCGGUUUAGCUUGUCCCACUUGUAACUUUGAUUCUUUUCCUUGUUAUCUCCGUCAUAGUUCUAAAUGGUGCUUCAUGGGUCAUAGACGUUUUUUGGGAAGAAAUCAUAGAUUUAGACUGAAUCGUGUUCGUUUUGACGGAAGCACAGAGGAGCGUGGUCCACCUAAGAAGUUAUUAGGUUCUGACAUUCUUGAACAACAACAGGAUGUUGAAACACGAGAUCAGCAACGAGAAGAAUCUCGUAGUGGUGGGAAAAGACCUUGA